AUGUGUCUGUCCAAGAAAUUGAAAGAUAAUCAGCGAGAAUCAGUAAAAGAGGGAGACACCUAUGGAAUGUAUGGAGGAGAAAUAGAAGUGCAAGAACAUAUUGACACAGAAACUGUUCCAUCGAAGAUGAAGUUUGGAGGAGAAGAAUCAGUAGUAGUUUUUGAUUUAGAAACAACAGGAUUAUCAAGGAAGUCUGAUAUUACGCAGCUGGCUGCAUUUGAUGGAACCACUGUUUUUAAUGAAUAUGUAUCACCUAGGGAGGUUAUUUCACCCAAAUCAUCAGAAAUAACAGGAUUGACUUUUGAUUUUUCUUGUGAUCAGAUGUACCAUCAUGGUAAACCAGUUAAAAGCAGAGACAUUCAGAUUGUACUCCUGGAAUUUAUUGAGUUUAUAAGCAAAAAGAAGAAACCAAUUCUUUUCGGUCACAACAUUGCUUCGUUUGACAUUCCCAUAUUGAUGAACAAACUACGUCAGCACAGUCUUCUUUCAGAAUUCAUGUUACAUAUUUAUGGGUGCAUUGAUACAAUAAAAUUGGCAAGAAGGAAAUUCAAAAUUAAAGACAUUGGAAAUCAUAAACAACAAACAUUGGUCACAAAAUUACUUGGCGUAGAAUAUGAUGCUCACAAUGCAUGUGCUGAUGUCACAAGUCUAUUUCAACUUCUUGCGCACUUAGAAUAUUCAGAAAAGGACGUUUUUCCAUUCAAUUCAGCUUUGCUAACAGAUUCUUACAUUCCCUUGAUAAGGGCCUCGCGCAUCACCAAGCUAACAGCUAGAAGAUUAGCACACAGUGGACUUUGUCUGAAACAUCUACAGUUAGCAUUUAACAGAGACAGUGAAAAUGGCCUCAAAUCUAUUUUGUUAGAGCAUGGCUUUAAUGCCAAAACAGUCACAUGUUUUACUAAAUAUUUUACAUGUACUGAGGAAUAA